UUUCCGGUCCUUACCGGAAAACCCUUUCCACGCCAGUUGUUCGUAACAAUAGAGUAUCUUGUUUGGGGUUGAAGUCGUUCUGUGUGUUAAAUUUGGUUUCGUGUCAGCCGUGCGGUUGCAGAAUCGCACGGAGCUCUCAAUUUGGAGUUCUGAGCUACGUUCCGGAGCUUCCGGCUACGACUGAUGUUGCUUCCCCUCCACCCCUAUCGGCGUUGGGAAGUGCUUCUAGGUGGUGCUUGUUUUCCCCGACCCUUUUUUCCUCUUUGCCGUGCUGCACGUGCGGCUUCUGUCUCCAUAUGACGUCCGCCUCGGCCCAGCCAGCAACCCUGAGUGCUGAACAGGCCAAGGUGGUCCUGGCGGAGGUGAUCCAGGCGUUCUCGGCCCCUGAGAACGCCGUGCGCAUGGACGAGGCUCGGGACAACGCGUGCAACGACAUGGGCAAGAUGCUGCAGUUCGUUCUGCCCGUGGCCACGCAGAUCCAGCAGGAGGUUAUCAAAGCCUAUGGCUUCAGCUGCGACGGGGAAGGUGUCCUUAAAUUUGCCCGCUUGGUCAAGUCCUACGAAGCCCAGGAUCCUGAGAUCGCCAGCCUGUCAGGGAAGCUGAAGGCACUGUUCCUGCCCCCCAUGACACUGCCACCCCAUGGGCCUGCUUCUGGUGGCAGCGUGGCUGCCUCCUGAGAGUUGGCCUUCGCCUGUUCUAUUGCCAGGGAAGGGAAGACCUUGGCGUUCCAGAAGAUAAUAAAUGUGCCUGUGGCUUA